GGUAACAGUGUACUGAAAACGCACGUGUUACUACAUUGCUAGCAUAGUUUCCCAUACUGCAAUGGCAGAUCCAAUUUUGUUUCGCAAGCAGUUAUUGCCUGGCCACGCCUCAGUUUAGCUCCAUUGUUUUUGGCUAGCAGCGCAACUGGUAUGUGUCUUUUUCACAAAACGAAAAGAAAAUCAGUGCGCUUCAAUUAAGAACAAAAUACAUAUAUUUUUAUUUGAAAAAAAAUAAACAUCCAGUUGGGUGCGAGAUGGAUUUAUUUGAAGAUCUGCCUGAACCAGCACAGCUUACUGCAGCAGGUAACCAGGUUGCCAGACCAGCUCCUUCACUUUUUGACGAUCUCCCCCCUGCAAACACUUCAGCCUCAACACCAGCGCCUUCUCUCUUUGACGAACUGCCCCCUGCAAGAGAUUCAGCAGUCCCAGGCCCUGAGCUCAGCUCUGGAGAUGGGGGCAAGACAGAGAAGAGGAAGGCACAGGGAGGGAAUGGAACCAAAGAGCAAGAGCUGGUGGAAAAGAAAGUUUGUAAAGGCGCCCCCAGGCUCAAGGGUUUUGUGGCAGCUAGGAAGGGGGAGCGAGAGGAUAUGCAGGACGCACACGUUCUCCUAAACGACUUUUCUGCUGAGGUCUCUCCACUGCCAGCCAGGGUCUCUCGUCUCUCCUACUUUGCUGUUUUUGACGGUCACGGUGGCGCCCGGGCAUCUAGAUUCGCAGCGCAGAAUCUCCACCUCAACCUCGCCCGCAAGUUUCCCAAAGGUGAUGUGAGCAACUUGGAGAAAAUGGUGAAAAAGUCUCUCCUGGACUCCUUCAAACAAACUGAUGAUGAUUUUCUGAAACACGCAUCAAGCCAGAAACCUGCAUGGAAGGACGGUUCCACGGCGACCUGUGUGCUGGUGGUGGAUGAUGUGCUGUUUAUCGCCAACCUGGGAGACAGCAGGGCAGUGCUGUGUCGGGCCGCUGGGGAGGACAGUAAGAAGAUGAGCGCUCUGGCCCUGAGCAAGGAGCACAACCCCACUCAGUAUGAGGAGAGGAUGAGGAUACAGAGGGCAGGGGGCACUGUCAGGGACGGUCGGGUGCUAGGCUUGCUGGAGGUGUCUCGCUCACUUGGAGACGGACAGUACAAGCGUUGCGGUGUCAUCUCCACCCCCCACCUGCGCCGCUGCCAGCUCACUCCUAACGACAGGUUCCUCCUCCUGGCCUGUGAUGGGCUCUUCAAGGUGUUCUCUCCGGAGGAAGCUGUGAAUUUCGUGGUGCCCAUUCUGGAGGAGGAGACGUUGGAGCAGAAAGAAGGCAAGACCCUGCAGGACACCCGGUUUGAGACUGCGUGUAACCGCUUAGCGAACGAGGCUGUGCGGCGAGGCUGUGCCGACAAUGUCACAGUUCUUCUGGUCAACAUUGAGCACUGAGGGUCCAGGAACCCCUCAUUGCAUUGGCUUAUUGCUCUGUGCCGAUUCCUCAAUGAGGUGUACAGACUGCUCGGGAUCGCAAGCCCCCAGUGUACCCUCAGACUGGGAGACCAGAGGCCGUCUGAGCCUGGGAGAGAUCACUGGCUUCCAUAGACUAGCACUCGCUGAUGGACCUUUGGUAGUGUGAACCAUUUGGAAUUAAAGUUGUUUUUGUUUUACUAAAAGAGCAUCUUUCUUUUUGUUAGCCUCAUAACAGUUCUUACAAGAGUGAAAAUAAAGUACCAGGGUUUCAUUCUUUUGAAA